AUGGUGCGAGUAUCCCAACUCGCCGUCUCGGCCCUAGGGCUGGUCAGUUCAGCCGCCGCCCAGCUGGUGUCUACCGGUAUGUCCGUCACGCUGGAUAACAUCAACUACUUCAUCUCGCCCUACUCGGCCGGCAACGUGACCGUGUCAUCAGCCUUCCUCUCGGGCCUCCCCAGCGCCAACGGCUUCUUUCCUGUGACCGUUGUCCAAGAGGAUACCGAGGCCUCAACAUUGUCCUCUCUCUUCUCCACCUGGACAACCAAGGAUGACGUCUUCACCGACGCCUUCUUGGGCGCCGUUUUCCUUCGCGUCCCCAAGCCGGACAAUGUUACCACAGCCACUUUCAAUGCAUCUCGUCCCAGUGUUCUCGCUCCCCUGGAGUCCAGAAUUGUUCCUUCAGGCCCGUACUUCCUCGAGCAGGCCACCGGUAAGCUGUACCCAGUGUACCGUCUUUACAGCGACUUUGCCGGAUCUUUUACGCAGUCCCUGCUUCAGAAGCCAGAUGGUACCUUCCAGCCUUUGUCGGCGCAAGUAGCUGGUCUGGUUGCCUCGACGGUUGGCGUGCCGUCUCGAAUCUACUACAACCCCAGCGCUGAGAAGCCACUGGCUGGUGUCCGCGUGGGCGUCAAGGAUAUUUACAGUUUGGCCGGUGUCCGGCAGAGCAAUGGUAACCGGGCAUGGUACAACCUCUACGGAGAGAAUAAUGCCACUGGCACCGCCGUCUCCCGUCUGAUUGAAGCAGGAGCCAUCAUUGUCGGGCUGCAGAAGCCCUCUCAGUUCGCCAACGGAGAGACUGCCACGGCCGACUGGGUUGACCUGCACUCGCCCUUCAACCCUCGUGGAGAUGGCUACCAGGACCCCUCAUCAUCCUCAUCUGGCGCAGGAGCCUCCAUCGGCUCCUACGACUGGUUGGAUCUAGCUCUGGGCAGUGACACGGGUGGCUCCAUCCGCAAUCCCGCCGAAGUUCAGGGAGUCUACGGCUCUCGUCCGUCGCACGGCCUUGUCGAACUCGACCACGUCAUGUCCAUGUCUCCCGUGCUGGAUACGGCCGGUGUGCUCACGAGAGAUCCGUACCUGUGGGACCGGGCCAACCAAGCCCUCUACAGCACCAACUACACCUCGUUCAGUGGAAAGACAGUGAAGUACCCCAGCAAGCUGUAUACCAUUGAUUUCCCGACGACCAACGACUCCGCGGCGGAUGCACUGCUGGCCAAGUUCCAAAGUCGACUGGCAGCCUUUCUCAACACGACGGCCACCCCGCUGGAUUUGCCCGCCGAUUGGGCCUCCAAUCCUCCAGCGGAUGCUCCUGCAGACGUUGCUCUGGAAACCUUGCUCAACCUGACUUACCCGAUGCUGAUCACCAAGCAGCAGAUUCCUCUAGUCCGGGAUCCCUUCUACGCUGACUAUGCUGCCAAACAUGACGGCCGAAUCCCCUUUGUCGACCCCGUCCCCCUGUCCCGCUGGAACUGGUCGAUGGCAUACCCCGACUCGGCCCUUGACGAAGCCAUUUACAACAAGACUAUGUUCAUGGACUGGAUUGCCGACAACUACCUCACCCCCAUCUCUGACCCCGACCAGUGCUCUUCAUCGCUGAUCGUGUACAUUGGUACCGAUGGUUCCCAAACGGCUCGCAAUGUCUACCGCUCGCUGCCUGGAGCACCCUCGGGGUACAGCCAAUUCCUCAUCUCCAACAUGGCCAGCGUGCCUGACUUUGUCAUUCCCAUUGGGGAGGUCGAGGCUUAUAGCACCAUUACACAGCAUAAGGAGAAGUUCCCGGUGGCCAUUGAUGUCCUGGCUGCCAAGGGAUGUGACGGGUUGCUGGUCCGACCCCACAAUAGAAUCAACUAUGCGUUAAUGGAAGACAUGCAUAUGAACACCUUUAACAUGGUUAAAGCCGUGGUGCCUUCUGCUUGGGAGCACUAUCUAGAGGACGAGGACAACGAAAAGACGACCAUCCUGCAGCAAGAUCCAGACGAGUUUCGCGUGGUGCGCAGCCCCCAUUCCCCGGAUUACUCCAUCCGCAUCCGUCCGCAGAACGAAUCUCUCUGCGCGGCCGGCUCUGCCCAAUACACCGGCUGGCUCGACAUCGGACCCAAACAUCUCUUCUUCUGGUACUUUGAAAGCCAGAAUAAUCCCGCCAGCGACCCCCUGACUCUCUGGAUGACCGGCGGCCCGGGCGGGUCCAGCAUGAUCGGACUCUUCGAGGAAGUCGGUCCCUGUCUCGUCGGAAACGGUUACAUGUCCCCUAAAGACACUAUAUUCGGAUACUGGGAAGCCCUCUGCACGACUAACCCUGGAGUCCCGGAGCCUAUUUUCAACCAGACCCGAUGUGACAUCAUGGCUACCAACAUGCCCCGAUGCAUGAAUGUCGCCGAGACAUGUGCCAGAAAUCCCGAUCCCGCUAUCUGCCACGCUGCUGAAUCCGUCUGCUACGAUGGUGUCAUGAAAUGGUAUGAGGAUGAGUCCGGCAAGGGUGGUCGUAGCCGAUUCGACAUCACCGCCCCCUGCGAAGUCGACGGCAUCUGCUACAUCGAAGCCGCCCACAUCGAACAAUACCUCAACUCCCCAUCCGUCUGGAAAGCACUCUCACCUCCCAAGGAAAUGAAAGAAUAUAACUACAUGGCGAACUCCGUCUCACUCGCAUUCGACCGUAGCUCAGACGCUGGGAAUCUGCGGUGGGCGAGUUCGCUUUCCUGGAAGGGUCAGAUGGAGUUUACAGCGAAGCCAUUGAGACCAUGGAGUUCGGUGGAUAUAGUGACGGGAGAGAGGAAGGUCGUGGGUUCGAUGAAGGAGGUUAAUGUUCGGGUGGAUGAUCAGAGUGAUGUUGAAUCGAGGUUUGCGUUGGUUACUGUUGAUGGGGCGGGGCAUGUGCUGCCUCAAAAUCGACCCGAUGUGGCGCUGGAUAUGAUGGUUUGGUGGAUCUCAGGAGCAUAG